GCCGGCAGCAGCUCGGCGACCCUGCGGUCCAUGGACCGGAACCCUGGGCUGACCGGCAGGAACCCGGGCCGCGACCGCCGCCUCCCGGCCUCAGGCUCCUCCUCCUCGCUCCCAGCCGCCCUCUGCGGCCGCCCGCCGGCCGCGCAGCGCCACCGCGGGCCUCUGGGAGCCACGCCGGGAGGCUGGGUGGCGGGUCCGCGGCCGCCGCGGGACUGAGGCCUACUCCGCCGCCUCUCAGUGCUAUUGUCCCGGGGCCUGGCCGUGAGCGGGACUGCGGGCGAGGGCCGAGCUCGCCGGCUCCGCGGAAGAUGCCGGACCAAGCCCUUCAACAGAUGCUGGACAGAAGUUGCUGGGUGUGUUUUGCCACCGAUGAAGAUGAUAGAACAGCUGAAUGGGUGAGACCAUGCAGGUGCAGAGGAUCUACUAAGUGGGUUCACCAGGCUUGUCUCCAGCGCUGGGUAGAUGAAAAGCAGAGAGGAAACAGCACAGCCAGAGUGGCCUGUCCUCAGUGCAACGCCGAGUACUUGAUAGUGUUCCCAAAGCUGGGUCCAGUCGUUUAUGUCUUGGAUCUUGCAGAUAGACUGAUCUCAAAAGCUUGCCCUUUUGCUGCAGCAGGAAUAAUGGUUGGAUCUAUCUACUGGACAGCUGUGACUUACGGGGCAGUGACAGUGAUGCAGGUUCACCAUUCUCUAUUCAGUGACACUACUUUUGAUGUGAAGGUUGUAGGCCAUAAAGAAGGGCUGGAUGUUAUGGAGCGAGCUGACCCUUUAUUUCUUUUGAUUGGACUUCCUACUAUUCCUGUCAUGCUGAUACUAGGCAAAAUGAUUCGCUGGGAGGACUAUGUGCUUAGACUAUGGCGCAAAUACUCAAAUAAACUACAAAUCUUGAACAGUAUAUUUCCAGGGAUUGGUUGUCCUGUUCCUCGAAUUCCAGCUGAAGCUAAUCCUUUAGCAGAUCAUGUCUCUGCUACUAGAAUUUUGUGUGGAGCCCUUGUCUUUCCUACUAUUGCGACAAUAGUUGGUAAACUGAUGUUCAGUAGUGUUAACUCAAAUUUACAAAGGACAAUCUUGGGUGGAAUUGCUUUUGUUGCCAUAAAAGGAGCAUUUAAGGUUUACUUCAAACAGCAGCAAUAUUUACGUCAGGCACACCGCAAAAUCCUAAAUUAUCCAGAGCAAGAAGAAGCAUAAAACUGACUUCUGGUUGUUCUGAGGCCUCUCAUCCUGAUGAGUCUGUUGUGUUCUGAUUCCAUCAUUAAUGCGCUAGUGGAGACUUGUGAUACUGCUCCUAUAUUCUAAGACAUACAAUAAAGCACGCAGGGCCGGGGAAAGCCUCUCAGUAAUCACGGAACCUAAGGACACGAGUCAGCUCUGUCAUUUGUCUCUACUACUUUUAUGGCAGUCGGCUAAACCAUUAUUUUAGCAUGGUAAACCUGGGUUUGUUCAUAUUUUUCCAGACAAGAAAUGUAAAGAUAAAACUGUACAAAUAUUAAAAGUGGACAUGUUGUUUUCUUCUGACGCCUCUUUUGUAUAUACUCAUGUUCAGUGUUUUCUUAGGAAUAGCAACUCGAUGAAGGAACUGUGAGGACUCUUCUCACUGGUAUAAUUUGAUUACAUGCGACAAAGGAGCCUCUGUUAACACGAGGAAAUGUAAAGUAGUUCUGAAUGAAUAACAAACCCAGAAAUGUAUGUCAGCAUUGAAAUGAUUAUCUGAACAAAAGAGAUUUUGUUGUCUUUUCCUAAACCCAUGUGACAUCUCAGAUGUGAAGGGUCAGUUUCCAGGGCUUCCAAAGCACUUUUUCACUAUUAAACUUUAUUUAUGCAAUGUUGACA